AUGAAUGAUUCGAAGGAGCAUGCAGAGACGCCACACGCCGACAACCCUGGAUUGGAUGUUCGGCAUCUUUUCGCUUUUGUGGAUGAUGACAAAGAAGAGGACAGACAAGUGCUGUACUUCAACAACGCAGGCAGGGGGCCCCUCCUGAAAUCAACCGAGCAGGUUGGCAUUGAGGCUCUCAGGACAAAAUCCCGCCCUUGGGCAUUUGCAGAUAAUGAGGCCAUGAUAACCGACAUUCGGCGCAUGUACCUGCAAGCUCUCGGGCUGUCAAGAGAGGCGGCACACCUGCGCGAACACGCAGUGGCCAUGGUGCCAUCCACCAGCUACGCCAUGACGCUCAUUGCACGCUCGCUCUCCAUCCAACAAGGCCAACGGGUGCUCGUGCUUCAUGGGCAGAUGUCCAGCAACGUCAUGCCGUGGCAGUGCGUGUGCGAGGAGGAAGGUGCGUCGCUGGUGGUUGUCCAGCGGAACCAACUAGCACACAACACGCUGCAGCCUUGGUCAGAUGCCGUCUUGAAUGCCCUGGAUCAACACAAGGGGUAUAUUGCUGCCGUUGCUCUGCCCAAUUAUCUCUGGUCUGACGGCAGUCAUAUUGACCUGGACCCAAUCGCAGCAUACUGCCACGAGCACAACAUCCCGCUGGUAUUGGAUGUGACGCAGAGCGGUGGUGUUGUGCCCCUCGCCCUUGAUCGCCUGCACCCAACAGCCGUGGCGUGCAGCGUGCACAAGUGGCUGCUGGGCCCGUACGGUUUCAGCUUGCUCUAUGUCGAUGACGCCCUCCUUACCAAACAACCUCUCGAGUUUCACGACAGACGGAGAGAGCACGCGGACGAGGCGUGGUGGGACGAGGUUGGCGCCAUGACGGAUAUGGGUUACCCAACACCGUUCAAGCCGGGUGCGUGUCGCUUUGACAGCGGUGGCCGUCCAAACUACAUUGGCGUGCCCAUGCUGCACGAUGCACUCCAGCAUUUGACCACGUGGGGCCCUGCUCACAUCACGGCAUACUGCACGCCACUGCUGGACAGGCUCAUUGUUGGAGCGAGGGAGCUUGGCUUCCAAGUGCCCAGGUCGCACGCGCCGCACUUUGUGGGUCUCACACCCCCUGUGCCAUCAGAUCAGCAGCACGACGCGCCCGUGUGCCCCGCGAGCGUAUCCAACCCCGACACCGCCUGGCCCACGAUGCCUCGCCUUGCAGCCGCCAUUCAACGACACCACCACGCCUUCUGCUCUGUGCGGCACGGCGCUAUUCGCGUCUCUGUCUUCCUCUACACGACCACCGCACACGUUGACAGCUUUGUCGCUGCUCUUGCCACCCAACUCGCUGCCUGGCGCUCACGCACGCCACAACCAUGA